AUGGCUACUUGUCACAGUGCAAGACCAUCUACGGAACACCCAAGAUGCUGUCUACUAUCACUCAACGUCGACCAGCUGAAGGGCCGAAUAGCCAGUGACGAAGCCCUCCUGAGAACAAUCACAGAUCUCGAAGCGUCGGCAAAGAAGACGGCAUCAAACGCUUCGCGCGCAGUACAAGAGGCACAAUCAGCACUCUUAGCUGCACAUGCAUGGCUUUCUAGUGCCGUUGCGACAUACGAAUCAUAUCGGCAAGAGGCCCAGCGCAUCGCCGCAAUGGUAGCGAAGAGCCGGAGACUACUUGCUUGGACGCCGGCACUGUUACCAGACGAUCUAAUCGUCUAUAUAGCCGCUAUGUGUGUUGAAGAGGAGCGAGACGCCGUUCGACGGAGAUGGCCAGAAUUUGGACUCGCUUCGAGAAGCGCUAGGAAAGAGGAGAGCAGCACUCGACCUAUGCUGGGGAGCAUUUGGUGGCUAUAUCCAAUGGCGAUCUCCCAAGUCUGCCAGCGGUGGCGAACCGCGGCACUGGGUUGUCCGCGCCUGUGGGCCUACAAGGACAACCUUGGUGGAAUCAAGUCGAAUGCGCUGCUAGACUUGAUCUCAUUACGCUCUGGACUGUGCGAAAUCGACGUUCUAUGGAAUCUCAACGCGCAGGUCCCGACCGUGGAUCCUCGAAUAGAAAUGGCAAGAACCCUGGAUUUGGUCCUCCCGUCGAAAAAUGUCCACCCGUAUCCCUUCUCGACUCAUUCAUCCGCAUUGACAUCACUCUCCAUACGAGCGGCUAGUCCCGAACGCCCAUCGACUUUUUCCGCGUCGCAUCUCUUGCAGAUGCCAAACUUGACCAAACUCGAACUGGUCAAUGUUCAAUUACUCGCACCUCCACCGCACCGUCAUGCUCCUCUUAUGGACCUGACAAUACGCUACAGUGGAGUAAUCUCAUUCCGCGCAAAGGACAUGGAGGAUAUCUCAAUCGUCUUUCCGCGGCUGCGCAAGUUUUCUCUCUACAUUCGUGGUCCAUACAUUAAUAAACCACCCUCACCUGUCUCACCUACUGAUCAACCGCCGGUCCCAUAUUCAUUCCCCGAUCUCGAAUAUCUGGACAUUAAUUCAAAGGAUCUUUCUCACUCUCUAUCGCGCUUCCAGGGCGCGUUUCUCCCCAAACUCUCUUCAUUACGUCUCCGCGACAAUGUCCUUCCGUCAGCCACGACAUUCUUCCACCACCUCGUACGCUCACGCGUCCCAUUGACGACACUGGGUUUGACCGACUUUACAUCGCCGGGUAUCAAGGCGUUUUGUGGGAAUCGGGGCAUCGAAACAUUGAUGGUCGAGCUCUGCAUGCCCGCUGUCGACGCGCUACGACCAACUUCGCUCGUCCCGUCUCCACCAACGUCUCCACUCAGUCCAGUGACGACGUUGCCCCCCAACGUGCUCGCCGACUUGACGCUCACGUUUCCCAAGGUGACCAAGGUCAUCAUUCUACCGCCUCCGGCAGCUAUUGAAGGAAGUUUGGGACGAAUAGAGGCGGUGGUGCUGACGUCGUUGGCACAUGCGAUUCGAGAACGUAAUGUCGCCGUACUAGGACCGCGAGUAGAGUCUACCUCGCCAACAAAACCGUCCAUGUCGCCCACCCGAGGGGAUGGAGAGAGUACCAAGGCGAAGAGGAAGAUGUCGAGUGCAGAGAUGUCUGGUGUUGGGUUUGGAAAGGCAGCGACAAACAAGGACCAGGAGGGGAUUCCGAUGAAGAGUGAUGAUACCCUUGUCGAGUCGACCGCUCCGUCUUCACCAAGCGGGACGUCGUCUGUCUUGACGGCAUUUCCACCACCACCUAGUUCGACUCUCAACAUGCUCACAAAGCCCCUUCCUCACGUUCCAGCGAGAUGGACGCAGACGUUUGGGACAUCGAGCAGACCGCGUCGAGGAACGGUGAGCUCGUUGGCCGCGUUACCCAUUUUCGAAGUCGAAUAUACGCCGAAUCGAGGACGGGGAAAGAUUGCGUUGGAAGAAGUGUAUGCUGCGCUUGUUGAUGGACGGCAACGGUGGAUGGAGAUUGGGAUGGGCGCCUGGAAGGCGUGA